AUGUUAAAGAACAUGGUGGCCAAUUCCAGUGGUCAAGAAGGAGAAAAAUGCAAAGGAAAUAAAACAACUCUUGUGAUCAGUUGUUUCAAUAUUGGUUUACUCAAGCUCGAAACAGUCGACACGAACCAUUCGGGAACAUUCAAAUGGGAAGAUCAGGAAUCAGACCUUAAAGCAAACGAAAGUGAAGGAAGAAUGAAAGAACGACUUGAGAUUCCAGGAUACGAAUUUGACCCAGAGAAAAAUCGAUAUUUUAAAAAAAUCAAAUCAACUUCAUCAACUCAGUCUCAUUCGAAUCAAAAAAUCGAAAUACCUACUAAACAAUCAGUCUCAAGAACUAAAAAACCAAAACCUCAUAAGAAACGAACCUCGUCGGACCCUUAUCGAUCAACUUUACGUUUAAGAGCUCAUUUUCCAAUCUCAAUUCAAUCGUUAUACGAAUCACAUCCUGGUACUUCAUUAUCUAGAUUCAACUCUCAUCAUCAUCAUCUAACACUUCAACUUCAAGCGUUUCAAAAACCAAUAACUAUCAAUGAUUUUCAAAGAGUUCAAACUCCUAAUCAAUUCAGCUUUCAAAAAAUUGUAUAUACAAAACCAAAUGAAUUACUUUGGAUUUCGGAUCGAUUUGGUAGAACUUCUUUUACUAAAUUGGAUUCACUUUCUCCACAUUGGAAUCAACUUGAAUUCAUACCGAAUGCUCCUAUCACCUCGAUUUCAGUUGAUGGAGAUCGUUAUGUACUUACUGCUAUGAAUGGUCAAGUAGAAUUAGGAAUGAAUGGACAAAGAUCAUCAAUCUUUGAAUUCACAAAUCAAAACCUUUGGUCAAGUGUAUUAAAUCAACAAUCAGGAGUCUAUGGUGAUGAUCAACAUAUUAAUUUUAUUGAUCAUCAUUCUGAAGAAUUCAUUCUAAGAAAUUCUUAUUUUACUGGGUCUUCUGUUUUUGGACUUGAUCAACUUUCGAAUGAUGUUUUUUUAGGAGGAACAAGAUCAGGAAAAGUUUUACAAAUCGAUCAAAGACUUAAACCUAUUAAACAGAAUCGAAAUUCAAAUAAAUCACCAUAUUGUAUUUUAACUAAACCUGGAUCAAUUUAUCAUGUGAAAUCUUUUUCUGAUAAGAAUCAAUUAUUAGUUGUAGGUUCAGGAAAUUAUGUAAAGAUACAUGAUUUAAGGUAUCUUAAAGUGAAUGGAAAAGAAUCAGAUCCAUUAAUCACGAUUUCGAACCAUCAAAAUUCACAUGAUUCACAAUUAUCAAUUCCAAACUUAAUUAAUGAUUCAUAUCUAUCUUUAUUAGGUGAUGAUCAAAUCAUAAGAACAUGGGAUUUUCAUUCAAAUCGAUUUGAUGAUCAUGGACUUUUACCUUUGUUGAAAUUGGUUAAAUUUUAA